AUGAUGAAUUCCGCUCAAGAGAGAGGGAGAACUGGAGAAGGGAGAGAGAGUCAAGGGGAGCGGAAAAAGAGAUCUAAAAAGCUAUGGCAAUUGCAGAGGAAGCUCGGAGGAGAAAACUUGACAUCUCAUAUUCUUCCAAGCAUCACCCCUCACCCUCGAUACCUCUCUUUCCCUACCCGAUUUGAUGACUCCUCUCAUGAUUUGUCAUCAAAUGCCGGAGCAACUGGUCGGGAGAUGGAGUUAUUUAUCGGCUCUCGUAAAGUUUCCAUAAUAUACGAGAAUGGAGGACGGUCCGAGGGCUCUCCGUAG